AUGAUGAUUAAAUCCAAAAAUCAUUUGGUCAAUCUUGCUACAAAAGUCACAAGAUCAAAAGUACCUAUAAGAUUUGCCACAUCAGUUGUAGGUAGAACUCUUGAUGAUUAUAAUAGGAUUCCCUAUGCUCCUAGUACUUACAAACCUUAUGAUGGGAUAAGAUAUUUACUUAGGGACAAAAGCGAUCCUGUUGAUUCUAAGAAAGAUAAGAAAGACGAUAAGGAUGACAAAGUUCCUCAAGAUAAGAAUGAUAAAGAGGAAGACAAGAAAGACGAUAAGAAAGAUGAUAAAAAGGAGGAUAUCGAUAUUAAGGAGGAAUCCGAGGUAACGGAGUCAGAAUUGUCCAAAAAUAUUGGAUCAUCAGAAUCUUCAGCUGCUGGAGGUGCUGGAGCUCCUCCCUCAAAUAAUGAUAAUGGUGAUGAUAAAGGAGAUAAAUUGAUGCAAGCUGACCCCAAUACUGGAAUUUACCCUCCAUUAUUAGCUAUUCCUAUGAAAGAUCGUCCUCCACUCCCUGGAAGACCUUUUGCCAUCAAUAUAACUGAUCCUGAAGUUAUAAGGUCCAUUUAUACUAUCAUUGACAAUAGAGAACCAUACUUUGUCUUAUUCCAUGUUAAAGAUCCCAAUGAAGCUGAUACUGAUGUUAUCAAAGGAAAAGAAUCGGUUCAUGAGAUCGGGGUUCAUUGUCAAAUUAUCAGACAUACUACACCAAGACCGGGGGUUUUCAAUGUUUUAGGUUAUCCAUUAGAAAGAUGUAAAUUAGAAGAUUUAACUGUUCCAACUAAAGGAAAAGAAAAGAAAGACGACGAAGAAGAUUAUCCAACAUCAUACCUUAAAAACUUCAAAGUAUCUUAUGCUACUGUCAAACCUGUAAAAGAUGAACCUUAUGAUAAGCAAUCACCUGAAGUUAGAUCAUUAGUUGAAACUUUGAAAACUUUAUUAGGGAAAAUGGGAGGUAAGAAUCCUUUGGAGAAACUUCAAAUCAAAGAAGGUACUGAAUUAGUUAAUGAUCCACCUAAAUUUGCCGAUUUCGUCGGUUCAACUAUUCAUGGUGAUCCUAAAAAGAUUCAAGAGAUUUUGGAAAGUUUAGAUGUUAAGAAGAGAUUAGAAAAAGCUUUGGAAUUAUUGAAAGUCGAAAUGAGAGCCAGUACUAUCAAAGAAAAUACCAUUCAUAACUUAAGCACUAAAGCCGAUGAAUUCCAAACUAAAUUAUUCAUUAAAGAAUUCAUCAAAGAAUUGCAAAAAAGAGCCGGAAUUACUGAAAGUGAAGAUAAGAAGACUCAUAAGUUUGAUGAAAGAUUAAAGAAAUUGAAAUUAACUGAAGAAGCUUUAGAAGCUUACAAUGCCGAAAAAACCAAGAUGGAAAGCCAAAAUGAACAUUCCAGUGAAUUGGGUGUUAGCGAAAGAUAUUUGGACUGGUUAACAUCGAUUCCUUGGGGUGUUUAUUCCAAAGAUAGUUUCAAUAUCAGAGAAGCUCGUAAGAUCUUAGAAAGAGAUCAUUAUGGUUUGAAAGAUGUUAAGGAAAGAAUCUUGGAAUUCAUUUCUAUAGGUAAAGUUUCUGGUAAAGUUGAUGGUAAGAUUUUAUGUUUAGCUGGACCUCCAGGUACUGGUAAAACAUCAAUUGCUAAAUCCAUUGCUGAAUCAUUAAACCGUAAAUAUGUUCGUAUUGCUAUGGGGGGUAUUCAAGAUGUUCAUGAAGUUAAAGGUCAUAGAAGAACUUAUGUUGGAUCCAUUCCUGGUAGAAUUAUUUUUGCUUUGAAACAAGCCAAAACUUCAAAUCCUUUGAUGUUGAUUGAUGAAAUCGAUAAAUUGGAUUUAAGUCGUGGAGGUGGUGCCGCUUCAGCUUUCUUAGAAAUCUUAGAUCCUGAACAAAAUAACGCUUUCGUUGAUAACUACAUUGAUGUCAAAGUUGAUUUAUCCAAAGUUUUGUUUGUCUGUACUGCCAAUUAUUUGGGUAACAUUCCUGCUCCUUUAAGAGAUCGUAUGGAAAUCAUUGAUGUUUCAGGUUAUACCAAUAACGAGAAAUUUGAAAUUGCUAAAAGACAUUUGAUUCCUGAUGCUUCGAAAAAGGCUGGUUUGGAAGGUGGUCAUGUUGUUAUUGAAGACUCUACCAUCAAGAAGUUAAUUGAUAAAUACUGUAGAGAAAGUGGUCUUAGAAAUAUCAAGAAAUUGAUCACCAGAAUCUUUAGUAAAGCUUCAUUGAAGAUUGUAGAACAAAUGGAAGAAUUAGAAGAAACCAAGAUCAAAGAAACCAAAACCGAACCUAAGGUUGAAGCUAAACAGGUUGAAAAAGAAGCUCAAGCUGAAACCAUUACAGCAUCGGAACCUUUAUCAGCUUCAGAACCUAAAUCAACCAGUUCAGAAUCAACUUCAGAAUCUACUGUUGAACAUAAAUCUGAUGAUGAAGAUAUUAUUAAAGAAGCUAAAGCAGGAGCUGCUGAAAUCGCCGAUGAAGCACUCCCUGAAACCAAUAUCAAACAUGAACCAAGUGAAGUUACAGUGGAGGAACCUGAAGAAGAACCAAUUAUCAAAUUAGAGAUUCCUGAUUCUAUCAAAUUAAACGUCACCACUGAAAACUUGAAAGAUUAUGUGGGACCUGAAAUCUAUAUUAGAGAUAGAGUUUAUGAUAUCUUACCUCCAGGGGUAGCUACUGGAUUAUCAUACAGUUCUUCGGGUAACGGAAAUGCGUUAUACAUUGAAUCCAUUUUAACCCAAGCCAUUUCAUCUGGCUCAGGUCAUGCUGGUAUCCAUGUCACUGGUAGCUUGAAAGAUGUUAUGAAAGAAUCUGCUUCUAUUGCUUAUUCAUUCUCCAAGAGUUAUAUGAGUAGAAAAUUCCCUAACAACAGAUUUUUCGAAGCUGCUGAUGUUCAUGUUCAUUGCCCCGAUGGAGCUAUUCCAAAAGAUGGUCCAUCAGCAGGUAUUUCUUUCACCUCAUCAUUAAUUUCUUUGGCCAUCAAUAAAUCCAUCCCAGGUAACAUCGCAAUGACCGGUGAAAUUACCGUUACUGGUAGAGUUUUACCUGUAGGAGGAUUGAAAGAGAAAACUUUAGGUGCUAAACGUAAUGGUUGUGACACUAUUAUUUUCCCUAAAGAUAUUGAAAAUGAAAUCGAAGAAAUUCCUGACGAAGUUAAAGAAGGUAUUACUUACAUCCCUGUGGAAUGGUACCAAGAAGUGUUUGAUUUAAUCUUCCCCAAUGUUUCACCUAAAGAGAUUAAUGAUGUUUGGAAAGAAGAAUUUAGCAAAUUAGAUGAGAAGAAAAAGUCUAAAAAAUCAAAAUCAACUUCAAAUGCUUAA